CUCGUAUAAAAUACCCUUCAGCCUUCAAAGAAAUAAUAUUCGUACAACUAUCACAGAAAAGGGGAAAAAAGUUCAAAUUCCAAUUAAAUUUUAAAUCAAUAAAAUUUUGAAGAUCUUCCUGUUUAGGGGCUUAGAUCCUUUACUCUUCACUGUUUGCCUUACUAUCUUCCUUUUACUCAGAUCCUUCGCAUUUUCUAUACUAAUUUCUCUCAUUAAUCUUCUUCUGGGCUUCAUGGAGUGUUGAUUUAUCGCGCGCUUUGUGAGAUUGAUGGAUUCAGAAAAUAACUUGUCUUCCUUUGGGCUUGAACCUGCCCAACAAAAUGGUGUUUAUCCACAACUUCGGGUGCCUGGGGAUGAUACUGGUUCAGAUAAUGUGUGUGGAAAUGUUGAGGAAACCAUUGAAACCUAUUUGCAGAAUGGAAUGGAUGACAAUGGAGCAACUCAGGAAGCUAGAGAACGAUUAAAUGACUUGGUGGAUAGCAGGGGAUUGAUUGAUUCUGAGGAACAAGAAAUAAAAGAUAAUGUGAAGCAAUCCAAACCUCAAAAGGUUCAAGGCAAGACUAAGAAUGAGAAGCCAUUUGGUCCCAAAACUGUUCAUUCAGCUUUGGCGAAGAAAACCAAAGAUGGAAAAAGUGCAGAGGUGAAAUUAAAACUUUCAAAUUGUGGUUCUGUUGCUACAAGUUCAGGUCUGAGUCUGCCUCAAAAAAACAGACCAGUUAAUGAAAGACAGGCCAAUGCAUCUAAGCAAUCUGAAACCUCUGAUGCAGCCUUCUCUGAAGGAACUACGGAGAGAUCCAAGCUCAAGCCUCUCAAGAAAGAGCCUGUUACUAAAUCUGAAGCAGACUCAGAGUCCUCAACUCCCACUUCAACUGAUGCCAAACCUCGUAGGGUUGGUACUCUUCCAAAUUAUGGUUUCAGUUUCAAGUGUGGAGAACGGGCUGAGAAAAGGAAAGAGUUCUACACUAAACUUGAGGAAAAGAUUCAUGCAAAGGAAGUAGAAAAGAGCAACUUGCAAGCUAAGUCCAAGGAAACUCAAGAAGCUGAGAUUAAGAUGUUUAGGAAGAGUUUGCACUUUAAAGCAACUCCAUUGCCAAGCUUCUAUCAGGAACCUCCACCUUCUAAGGUGGAAUUAAAGAAGAUACCAACAACAAGAGCUAAAUCUCCAAAGCUUGGUCGAAGAAAAGGCACAACUCCUUUAAACUCUGAUGGUAACAGCAAUAGUGAUCUUCAAUUAGGCCGGCUAAGUUUGGAUGAGAAAGCAUCUCCGAGUGUCUCCUCCAAAGUAAUUUCUCCUGUCCAUACAAAAAAGCCGCAACGUAAAUCACUUCCCAAAUUGCCUUCUCAGAAGACUAGCUUGCCGAGUGCAAAAAUAAAGGAAAAUAUAUCUAAGGAAUCCAAUCAGAUAUCUCUAACUGAAUCUAAAGCAACUACCGAGGGAAAGAUAGACUCAGGCUCAUCUAAGGUGACAAACAAGGAGAAUGCAACCUUAUCUAAUGUGACAAAUGAGGAAUUAUCCCCCGCUCAACAGCGGGGGUCGGUUUCUGGAGCUGAUUCAGGUGGAAGUCAGCCUGACACUGAUCAAGGGCUGGUGAUCGGAAAGCAAGGACAGCUGGGGUUGGAACAAUAGCUCUAUUGCACUGAGCAUGGAUGUUCAUGUACAAAGCUGUUGACCCCCUUUGUUUUGCGUAAAUAAGAAUGAUGUCUCAACACUGAAUCAUUUGAUGAAUCGUGGCAUGAAAAAUUCCACAUUAUGGGUUAUGAUGUCGUCUUCUCCAAAUAUAUUCAGCAGCAGCUUUGGUUGUUUCGUGUGUCAGCUUUGCAAAGCUUGUUGUUAGGAUUGGUUCUCUCCUGUUUCACCCAACUCUGUCAAUCCACCUUUACUACCAAGUUGUU